GGGGGCGGGGCCUUGGUGGGUGUGCGGCCUUAGCAGAGGCGUGGCGUGGCGGGGCAGGGUCGGGCUGGGCUGGCCAGGGCGUUUCCGUUGCACCGAGCCGCGGAGUACUGCCCUGUACCUCGGCGUGUGCAUCGGUUCCCUUCUCGUCCGCAGUCUGCGCUCUAUAGUCCUGCUCCGGCUCGCUCCUGCCCACAGCAGCAUGGCCCAGGUUCUCAGAGGCACCGUGACUGACUUCCCGGGAUUUGAUAGCAGGGCUGAUGCAGAAACUCUUCGGAAGGCCAUGAAAGGCUUGGGCACUGAUGAGGAGAGCAUCCUGACCCUGCUGACGUCUCGAAGCAAUGCUCAGCGCCAGGAAAUCGCUGAGGAGUUUAAGACUCUGUUUGGCAAGGACCUUCUGGAUGACCUGAAGUCAGAACUGACUGGGAAGUUUGAGAAGCUGAUUGUGGCUCUGAUGAAGCCUUCGCGGCUCUAUGAUGCCUACGAACUGAAACAUGCUCUGAAGGGAGCUGGGACCAAUGAAAAAGUAUUGACAGAGAUUAUUGCUUCAAGGACACCCGAAGAGCUACGGGCCAUCAAACAGGUUUAUGAAGAAGAAUACGGUUCCAGCCUGGAAGAUGACGUGGUUGGGGACACCUCAGGGUACUACCAGAGGAUGCUGGUGGUCCUCCUUCAGGCAAAUAGAGACCCUGAUACUGCGAUUGAUGAUGCUCAAGUUGAACUGGAUGCUCAGGUAAGUAAGAUGUAU